AUGAACAGCGAGCAAAACGGCGAGGCCGAGAGAAACAUUGAGAUCUGGAAGAUCAAGAAGCUCAUCAAGCGUCUUGAAGCGGCCCGUGGCAAUGGCACAUCCAUGAUUUCCCUCAUCAUCCCUCCCAAGGAUCAGGUUUCUCGAAUCGCCAAGAUGUUGGCUGAAGAAUACGGUACUGCCUCGAACAUCAAGUCCCGAGUCAACAGACAAUCCGUCCUCUCCGCCAUUACCUCCACCCAGAGCAGACUCAAGCUCUACAACAAGGUCCCCCCGAAUGGCCUCGUCGUCUACUGUGGUGAAAUCCUGACGCAGGAAGGCAAAGAAAAGAAGGUCAAUAUUGAUUUUGAGCCCUUCAAGCCUAUCAACACCUCCCUCUACCUCUGCGACAACAAGUUCCAUACCGAGGCUCUCGCCGAGCUGCUCGACUCGGACCAAAAGUUCGGCUUCAUCAUCAUGGACGGUCACAGCACCCUCUUUGGUACCCUUAGCGGCAACACCCGUGAGGUCGUUCACAAGUUCUCUGUCGAUCUGCCCAAGAAGCACGGCCGUGGUGGUCAGUCCGCGCUGCGUUUCUCUCGUCUGCGUGACGAGAAACGUCACAACUACGUCCGAAAGGUUGCCGAGCUUGCUGUCCAAAACUUCAUCACCAACGACAAGGUCAACGUUGCUGGUCUUGUCCUCGCUGGUUCCGCCGAUUUCAAGAAUGACCUCAACGCCUCCGACAUGUUCGACCCUCGCCUGCAAACCAAGGUCAUCAAGGUCGUUGAUGUUUCCUAUGGUGGUGACAACGGUUUCAACCAAGCCAUCGAGCUGUCCUCGGAGACCCUGGGCAACGUCAAGUUCGUUCAGGAAAAGAAACUGAUUGGAAAGUACUUUGACGAGAUUAGCCAAGACACCGGAAAGGUCUGUUAUGGUAUCGAGGACACCCUUAAGGCUCUCGAGCUCGGUGCCGUCGAAACCCUCAUUGUCUUUGAGAACCUUGAGAUCAACCGAUGGGUCCUGAAAGAUAGCGAAGGCAAGGAGCACGUUCUCAACUAUACAAAGCAGCAGGAGACCCUCAACAAGGACAAGUUCCUUGACACGGCCAGCGGCCAGGAGAUGGAUGUCGUCAGCCAAGGCUCCUUCCUCGAAUGGAUCGCGGAGCAUUACAAGGAUUUUGGUGCCACUCUUGAGUUCGUUUCCGACCGUUCCACCGAAGGCAACCAAUUCGUCAAGGGCUUCGGUGGUAUUGGCGGUAUUCUCCGCUACAAGGUCAACUUCGAACAGUUGGCUGACGAUUCUGACGAUGAUGACUACUAUGACGGUUAG